CUUGGCUGCGUGGUUGCCAGGAAACCACGAAGCCGCGGUGCCUGCCUCUGAGUCUCUCUCGACCAUGGCCAAAUUCGUCAUCGCGGGUAGAGCAGAUUGUCCAUAUUAUGCUAAAACAGAACUUGUGGCAGACUAUUUACAAAAGAAUCUUCCUGAUUUUCGGAUACAUAAAAUCACACAACGUCCUGAGGUUUGGGAGGCAGAUUUAAUAUAUGACUUCACUUGGAAUAUCAUUCAACAGGAUUGGCUGAAAGAUGUGUGUGAAAAGAAUAAGUGGAGUCACAAGAAUUCCCCUAUCAUCUGGAGAGAGCUGUUGGAUCGUGGAGGAAAGGGUUUGCUUUUGGGAGGAUAUAAUGAGUUCCUGGAGCAUGCUCAGCUUUACUAUGAUGUCACCUCUAGCAUAACGACUGAGCUGAUGAUGGUAAUUGCUCAAGAGAACCUGGGGGCACAUAUAGAAAAAGAGCAGGAGGAAGAAGCCCUGAAAACUUGCAUCAACCCCUUGCAGGUCUGGAUCACCAGUGCCUCUGCUCCUGCCUGCUACAACCUAAUUCCCAUAUUGACGAGUGGCGAAGUGUUUGGGAUGCAUACAGAAAUUAGCAUAACUCUAUUUGACAACAAGCAGGCGGAAGAACAUCUCAAAAGCCUUGUGGUGGAGACCCAAGACCUGGCAUCUCCCGUCCUGCGCAGUGUCUCCAUCUGCACGAAGGUGGAGGAGGCCUUCCGCCAGGCCCACGUCAUUGUGGUGCUGGACGACAGCACCGACAAGGAGGUGUUCACUCUGGAGGACUGCCUCCGAAGCAGGGUGCCUCUCUGCAGGCUCUAUGGGUACCUGAUAGAGAAAAAUGCUCAUGAGUCCGUCAGAGUCAUCGUGGGAGGGAGAACCUUUGUAAACCUGAAGACAGUUUUACUCAUGAGAUAUGCCCCACGCAUUGCACACAACAUUAUUGCUGUGGCGCUGGGAGUGGAAGGUGAAGCGAAGGCCAUACUGGCCAGAAAACUGAAGACAGCUCCUUCAUACAUUAAAGACGUUAUCAUUUGGGGUAAUAUCAGUGGAAAUAAUUACGUUGAUCUGAGAAAAACAAGGGUGUACAGAUAUGAGAGUGCCAUUUGGGGACCUCUUCAUUAUUCACGCCCUGUUUUAAACUUGAUUUUUGACAGUGAGUGGGUAAAAAGAGAAUUUGUGGCAAUUCUUAAAAACUUGACCACCACAGGAAGACAAUUUGGAGGCAUUUUGGCUGCACACAGUAUAGCCACUACAUUGAAAUACUGGUACCAUGGCUCACCACCUGGGGAGAUUGUAUCUUUAGGAAUAUUGAGUGAAGGCCAGUUUGGUAUUCCUAAAGGGAUCGUCUUUUCUAUGCCUGUGAAAUUUGAGAAUGGAACUUGGGUGGUUCUUACAGAUCUCAAAGAUGUUGAAAUAAGUGAACAAAUAAUGACCCGAAUGACAGGUGAUCUAAUUCAGGAGAAACUUGUUGCACUUGGAGACAAGAUACAUUUUCAGCCAUACCAAUCAGGACAUGAAGAUCUGGUCCCUGAUGAAGAAAAAAAUCUAGUUAUGUCAGAUGCAAGACCAAUGUCUCCUCUUCCUCCUGCUCCUCCCCAGCCUAGUCAACAUAAAGAAAACGAGGAUAAAGAACCUUAUGAUGAUCCAUUUCCACUUAAUGAAUACAGCAGAUUUUCCAAAUCAGAUUCCUCAAACCACCUUUGAAAAGCCACAGAGUCUUGAGUUCCUAAAUGACUUUGAAGGCAAAACCGUGGAAUCCUAACAGAUCAAAUUGGAUGAAAUAUAUAAUUACUUGGUAGCACAAUAAACAUAGAAAGAAUUUAUAUGAAUGUCUAUAUUUAAGGAAGAAUAAUUUGAAAGAUUUAUGUCAGUCUUAGAUAAUACCAUGCAAGGCAAUUAAAUCACUGUGACAGCACAGAGGUCAGAGUUCAGUCAUUUUGCAUUACUUGUAUCCACUCAUGUUUGUUUCAUAAUAAUUGCAUUUUCUUAGAACUAUUUUGGUGUCAAAUGCUAUUUUUUAUACUACAUUAAAAUACAGUUGUCAGUCAUUGCAUCUGCCCAUACAUCUUCUGAGAGAACCUGCUUCCUUCCAUCAGCCAUACCUAAGACCUGCACCUAAGUGGCCAUGUUUGCUCAAAUGUCCUCAUCAUCUUGGCCUCAACUAAUUAGGCCAAACAGAUGUACUUCACUCAAGGAGAACCAAUCAUAUUUUCUCUCUCUCUCUCAAAAAAAAACUGAACUGAACUGCGACCAGUGAGUAAGUUGGUGUCUGGGUCAGGUUAAUGGUGAUGAACUAUGUGCCUGUGAGCUCUUCAGAGCUGGUUGGGUUCACCACCUUCAUAAGACCUUCAUAAGACCUGCCUCUGUACCAUUUUUCCUUGGGUGUGCUUUGUAUAAAGGUCUGUACAAUAAAUCACACUUUUUUAAAGCUUGGAUUGAAUAGGUUUCUGCUCCUUGACAACAGAUAUUGCCUGAAUAAAAUGAAUUUUGAAAGAAAA